AUGGACCAAUCUUUUUUUGAUGAUGGAGGAGAAGGUAAUGAUGAAUAUCUGGAGGAUUCGGAAAAAGAUGAAGGCAGUGUUGAAUCAAAGGUUUGAAUUUUUUGUUUAUGUUUCAAAAACUUUUUUUUCAGAAAGAACAAGCAGUUAGUGAUGCGAAGACAAACAAUCAAGAAACUUCUAGCAGUUCUGAAAGUUUAAUUUAUUGGUUUAUUUUGAAAAACUGAUUUUUUGAGAUUUUCCGAAAUCAGCAUCAGAAGGGAACUUGAAGGAAGCGGAUUCCCUGAAGUCUUUCAAGAAUUUAUGCCCAAAGUGUGGUGAAAAUUCGGAAUUGCACAAAUUCAAGCGGUCCACUAUCAAGGUAGUUGGGUUGAAUAGGAAAAUUAUUGAUUUUUUAUAAUUUUUAGCCGAAAGGUCGAAGUCAAUUGGUCUGGAUCUACAGAUUGAAAUGUGGCUCUCGAAAAUGUGCCGAGUUUUUCGGCCCUUUUUAUCGGUUUGAAAACGCCGUUCCUAUUGAGGUUGAUGAAGGUUGGAAUUUUUGAUUUCUCUUGAUCAAAUAAGAGAAUUUCAAGUAAAAUAUAAAUUACUGGGUAAUUUAGUGAGUUUAUGAAAAUUUUUAGAGGGCCCUAUAUUUUUCUAUAUUUUAUAUUGAUGCAUAUUUUAAAGAAGAGAAAUGAAAUCAGUGUUUUUUUUUUAUUGAGGUUCAUUCAUUUUGAAAUCGUCUUUAGCUGAAAUUUUAGUUUUUUUCUGAACCACUUUUCAGGUGAAGAUUUUUAUUUUCUUCAAUACUAUCCUAAACAUAAUUAUUUUUUUUAGUGGGAAGGUCUCUUCAUAUCAUAAAUUCGGCUCCGCCCACUCCAAUAACGGAGAAAGCUUUGCCAGAAAAAGACAAAACCCCUCCGCAGCCGUUCAUUUUCACUAUAAAGUCUUCUUCGGGUCUCAAAGGUUCGUUUUAAUUUAUAUCAAAAGAUGAAAGUUUCACUAUUUACCUUUAAUGAACGCCAAAAAUGUACGUAUUCUAUAUUUUAGAGCUGAAAUCUUGAUAUAUUGAAAGUUUCCUUCCCAGCGUAUGAAUGCCAGUUUUAUGUUUCUUUUUGAUGUAAUUUUCUCGGGUGCUUGGUUUUUCUGAGAACAGUGGGGAUCAAUUUAACAACCCCUAUAGAGGCCGCUAAAGCUUGCAAGAGUGGUCCAUAUAGUAGUUUUAGAUAGUGGCCCUUAUAGGGGACAUGCUGGUCGAUAAUUUUCACGAACUCUAUGCGAAGAAGCAAUCCCAUGAGCAAAACUGUAUAAAUAAUUGUUUUUUGAACGAAAUUGAAAGACCCCUUGUCAAUCCCUAUAGGGACCACCUCAAUUUUACCCAUGUAGGGACCCUUUUUUCGGCCACUUAAGUGAUUUCUCCUCCCUUAACCCCUAUAGGUACCUCUCUUGAGUUACUAAAGAAGUUUUGUAAUUUUAUUUUUGAUAUUCAUGAUAAAUUCCUCAUUUUCCAGUCACCGUUCAUAAUCGUUUGCCCAGCGAAUCGUCACCAGACGCCGCGAAUACAGCUACCAAUACCAGCUCAGACAAUAGUUUAUCCAAAUCGACACGUCUUGUUGGUUACUUUUGUGCGUUUUUCAGCGAAUAACCUGGAUGAUGAACUAGAGGAAACCGCAGAAAAUGUCUCAUUCGAAGAAGUUUCCGUCGAGGAAAAAGUUGUCCGAGAAGUCGCCACAGUUAAAAGAAAGGUAUCCUCAUUUUUCUUCUCGGUUUCUGAAUUUUUCGUUUUGAUUGAUGAUUUUUUACAGCGACGCCGAGGAAGAUUGGUUCCCAAACGGCGGAUCAAAAAAGGGAAACAGGAAUCUCAGAAAACGCUCGAUAACGUCACGACGGUAAUAAAAGGGAUUUUUUUCGAAAAAAAUAAAAAAAUGGCGAUUUUCAAAAAUUUUCAUUUCUUAAAGAAAAAAACGAACGAAAUUUUUAAUGAAGCGAUAGGUAAGGGAAUGUUAAGAAUCUUUUUUGAUUAAUUUAUGUCUUGGGGUACUGUAGAAAUUUGAUGAGUUACAGUAGUCAUUUUUGCUUGAAAAGUGGAUUUUCCAUCAUGAAAUUGCAUUUUUUUCAGUUUAAUUGAAUGAAUUUUAAGAAGGAUUCAGUUUGGAAGCACAAUUAAAAGGAAAUUUUGAAUCGGUUCCGAUUUUCUAACCGACAUUUUUACAAACUUAAAGAGUAAAAAAACUAGAAAUUUCGAAAAAUACUCAAAUUUUUUUCAGUUUUUUUGUUGUUCUAUAUGUUCUUUCACUUGGAUAUAUAAUUUUCGAAAAAAUUUUUUUAGUCGAGUUUUUCACAAGAAACAAAAUUAAAUUUCUCGAAAAAAAAAAUUUGUUUUGUUCACCUUCUGAGUUUUCAGGAGGAUCCGGUGGUGAACAAAGAACUUGUUCCUGAAAACGACGCUUCCGGAGAAGUCGUGGAAGAAGAAAAAAGGAUCCCUGAAGAGAAACAGGAAGACGAGACUCCUUCGGCCAGAAUGUCGACCCGAAAGAAUCCCGCGGCCCUCCUCGAUUUCCCUGAAGCCGUCCUCCCCUCGACGCCGAAACGCCUCGCUGGGAGACCGAAGAAGAACGCGUCGCCCUCGGUCGCUUCCUACAACCCUGAAGAGGCCACUCGACGGUUCCACCUGUCCCUCGGCACUCAGACCGACAGGCUCCUGGAUCCCAUGACGGAGGUCCUUCAGCAGUUGGUCGACGAGGAGACGCCUCCCUCCACGUCCAAACAGUUUUUUUCGAGUUGGUUUUUGAUGGAAAUUUAAUUUUAAAGAAAAAUUAUGGAAGAUUUUUUUAAGAAGCUCUAGCUCAAAUGGAAACGUUGAUAAAGUAAUUAUAUUUUAAUUAUAUAAAUGAAUAAAAAAAGAAUUUUUUUAUUCACGCAAGUCGGUUCACAGGGUUUUUUUAAAAAUCAAAUAUAACUUAAAAAAAUCAUGGUAAAAAUCUCGAAAAAUUUAUAAAUACUAUUUUUUUAGGCUUAUUAAUCAUUUUAAUCCUUGCUUCUCAAAACUGGGACACUUUUUGAAACUCGUCACUCGUAAAUUUUUACAAAAAUUGUUAAAACGGAUGAAUUUUCAGAACUUUGGAAUGCGACGUCAAAGAAAUUCCAUCGUUCAUCGCUCGGAGACUGUUCGCCGUGACGAAAUUGCUCGAAUCAAAGGUUUUUCUUGUUUUAUCAAAUUUAAAGGUGGAUUUGACUAUUUGAAAAAGGAAAUUUCUUUGGAAUUUGAAAGGCUUUUUUGAUUGGUUUAGCUGGGAAAUUGAUUCAGAAAAGAAAAAAAUUGGAAGUUUUUGAAUCAUUUUUCAUGUUUUCAUAGUAUGAUGAUAGCAUGCUGGAAAAGUCGGUCGCUUUUUAUGAUGCCUAUUUUUUCGAGUUUUCGAAUUUCGAAACGUUUUUAAGACUUUACGAAGGUUUUGACGGGUUCAGAGUACGUAUUUCUUUAUAGUAUGACCAGUUUUGAUCGGAUGUUACAGAUUUUCCAACUUAGAAAUGGUUUUUACACUUUUCUAGUGCCUCAAAUGCUCUAAAAACCGCAUUUUCUUCACUAAAAUGGUAGGAAACGAACGUUAGCCCCUCAAAGUGUUCAGGAAUUUCCCUUUUUCAUUGAAUCAAAGUGCUCUAAAGCACCUUUAAACGAAUUUUCAUCAAUUUCCCGAUUUUUUAUCUUUUUCAAUGACCUUUUGAAAGAUAUAUCGCAAAAAAGUUACUUUUUCCAGCAAAAUGAGAACGAAAGAAUGUGCGAGGAGCUCUUUCGUAUGAAAAGUGCCUGGCCGGAACUCUGUAAAGUGGUCGGAAGUGUCAAGUUUGCCGAUUUUCUUCGUGAAAAUGAUUGAUUUAUCGAUUUUUCAGAGCUCAAUGCAGUGUUGAGUUGAACAGAAUGACGAAUGACAUGGACAUGAUACGCGGAGAAUUUCAACGGCAUCAAAAUGAACUUCUCACCAUUUCACAGACCAUUUCGUCGAGGAUCGCUGUGAGUAUCUGGGAAUAUAAAUAUGAGAAAUGAAAAUAAUAAGUUUAUAGUUUGGUCGAUUUCAGAAGAAAAGUUAGUCAAGAAAAAUUUUUUCAGUUAUCAAUAUAAAAAAAUAUGUUGCUUAUUUUCCCCGCAGUGUUUUUAAUCCACUUCAUUCAAGUUUUCAUCCGAAAAUUCUCGAAAGUCACUGAAUUUUUUCGUUUUGCAUCCUUCAAGGUUUUCUAGAACUUCGAAGUUGAAAAAUAUCCCUUCGAAAGUUGAUAUUACUUCUUCCAGCAAUAUUCAAAUAAACGCGAAAAAUUAUUUUCAGUAUUUAAAUAUGAGAAACUUCUUUCAAAAAUAGAAAAAAUGGUAAAUUUUUUAUUUGCAUGUUCAAGCUUAUUUUCCCGCAGUGUUUUCUUCAUUUUUAGGAUCUAAAAGUGCUCAAAAAUUACUCAUUUUUGGGUUAUUUGCUGUAUGUAGUUUUACUGGCCAUCGAAAGUUUCUCUUAGGCAGCUCCAAAUUUUUUCGGCUAUUGGGUUUUUAGUUAUUCGGAGGCUUCAGUGCAUAUCUUAGAAAUCACCUUUUUUCCUACUGAUAAUAUUACUUUUAACGAUUCUAGGAAGAAAAUGAAGAUAUGUCGUUUUUUUUCGUGAAAAACGGACGGUGAUUUUUAUUUCUGAGUAAAUGUUGGAUUUACCGAAAAGAAUAGCUCGAAAUUUUGUCAAAAUUCAUUCUUUUUUUCUGUAAAAGAGUCUUCCUGUGUUGCUCAUUUAAAGUUCUCAAGUUGAAGUUACCCAUUCAAUUUCUGGCUUUGAAAGAUUUUUUUUCAAAGUUAUGAAUUAAUUCAAUUUCGUAUUCGGAGAAGAUUCGUUUAAAUUUGAAAUCAGUUCAUUUUCUUGUUGGAAAAGACUUUUUUAAAACGAUUUUCCGUUUUCAAUAUACCUUUUUUAUCUUUCAGAACGAGCGCCGAAGUAUGCAGGCCAAGUACGAAGGCUUGGAAUUGCUGAAAAAUCGGGCCGAGGCGACGACGCAACUCAGAGACGCCGAACUAUCGUACGAAAGACGGAGGGUCGAAUACUUCCAACGGCAAAUGGACAAAUACGAGCAGAUCUCCAACAAGUCCCGAGAAUCGGCCGACGAGGUCAAGAAGAAGCUCCAGGACAAACUUUUUCUUGGUAAGGGAAGGUUUUGGGAGGAGAAGGGUGUGCGAAAUAAGGACAUAAUCGGGGUUUUUUGAGAGAAAAAGUUUCAGAAACAACUACAGAGGGCCCUUUUUUCAUAUAUAACCAUAUGGUACCCUAAGGAGCCCAUAGGAAUUUUGAAAUACUGAUUUUUCCUUGUUUUGGGUCAACUUUGUCACUUAGAACUUCAAAAAUUCAUAUCUCGGCUCAAAAGGCUCAGAAACGGGUAAAGUAAAAUCUUUUUUUCGUGAACUGAGGGUAUUUUUUUAUAUAGAACCUUCUGGUACUUUGAGGAACCAAUAGGGUUUUGAAAAUAUCGAUUUUUUCUUUUUUUGGGUCAAAAUGUCACUUAGAACUUCAAAAAUCAAUAUCUUGGCUCAAAAGGCGCAGAAACAAGUAAAGUAAAGUGUUUUUUUGUGAACAGAGGGCUUUUUUUCAUGUAGAACCAAAUUUUUCCUUUUUUGGAUUACUUGGAUUUUUGUGUAUGUGGGUUUCUUUGUGAAAUACAUCAAAAUAUUGAGUAAAGAACAAUUUUGCAGCCAAGAAAGGCCGUUGUACACAUUGUCAAGUCGCGGAGAAAAAUCGCGGUCUCUUGAUCGAAGAGGUGGCCGACAAGACGAUGAUGCUCAACCAGGCCCUGCAGAAGCGAGACGAGGUGAUUUUUCAAUCAAUAAACUGUGAAAAUGACCGAUUUUCCCGGACUUUUUGAUGAUAAAGAGGUCAUUUUUUGCUUGAGGCAUCCCUAGGACCGGGCCGGGGACUUAUAGGUUGACGGGCUGGUCCUUGCACAAGCCUAGAACAAAAAAAAAAGCUCCCUUCCUCUAAUUUUUUUUCUUUACAAGCCAAUUUUCAGUACGAAAGAAGGGCCCAAGACGCCGAACAGAACAUGCAAGCCAUGAGAGGAGAAUUCGACAAAUUGCGGUACGAAGCCAAAGUCUGGAAGGCGUCGCACGAGGAGGGAAUGGCCACGGUUUCCAAGCUGAGAAAAGGUAAAAAAAAAACUCAUUCCAUUAAAAAUCCUGGUUGACAUUUUGAUGAUACUUGGCUGAAUUGUAUUCAUGAUCUCUUUUUUGGGUCUAAAAACUUCCUUCAAAAGAAUCUUUCGAAAAAGUUUUGGAGGAAAAACCCUUGUUCUUGGAAGACGCCUGGGGGGUGAAAAAAAAGCUUCAUUCUGUACCGUGUAGCAAGAGAAAAAUAUUUAAUCCCUCCUCAAAAAAAAAUCGAUGUAAAUAAACAACGAAAUUAGAUUUCACUAUGUUGAAAGUAUUCUGAAAAAAAGGAUUUUUCGUAAAAGUAAGAAAAAAAAAAUUGGUCGUGUAAUCUUCAGAAUCGUUUCCUUGUUUCAGAUCUCCAAUCUCUGCAAACGACGUAUUUCAAUUUGAAAAAUUCGCUCAAAAAUAACGUGAACAUCCCCCCAAUGGAGUCGCCUCACGAAAAGUUGACGGAACCUGAAACGAAUGGUUUUUUGACGAUUUUUGGGUGGUUAAUAACUUGAAAAAAUUUAUUCAGGUGUUACUGAACCGGCGCCGAAAGUCACUGUUCAACAGCCGAUUCAAAAUCAGGUCCCCAAGGAACCAGAAGUCAAGGAGAAGGAAAAGGAAAAAGUGUUGGCUGAGAAAGACUCGCUGCCAAAACUACCGACGCCGCCAGUUGAUGGAAAUUGCGACGUCGAUUCGCCGUUCGCCAGCUGGAUUCCCAAGGUUUUUGAGCCGCAAAAUGAGAAAAUAGCUCCAAAAUUCUUCAUUGAAAGUAGGGUCGAAAAUGGUUUAUUGAGAAGAUUUUUUUUUCUUGGAAGGUUUAUAAUUUCACAGGGAAAGUUAACGGCCAAAAUAUUUCAUUUUUUCGUCAGAGAAAUGUUUCCAAAGUGCAUAGCCGUCUGAAAAUUCUACAGUUUUUGGAGAAAAUUUCAGAAAAAAUAGUUUUUGGUUAGAAAAAUCGCUUUCCUAGAAAAUAAUAGAAAAAUGAAAAUCUUGAAAAUGACUCCCAUUUUUCAAUUUUUGACCACCAAUUUUGAAAAUUUAUCUAGCUCAAAUUUUUUUGGUUGAAUUUUUGUCAUUGCCAUGAGCUUACAGCCCAACUUCUUCAAAAAAAAUUUCAGAAAAAGCCAGUGGUCAAGCCUCCCGUCCAACCUCCUCCUGCUCCGAAACCACAAGCUCCAGCUCCAGUUGAAAAACUUCAACCCAAGCCUCAAACCAACCAAGUUGCGUCGUCUUCCUCUCCCUCUAUAACUUCAACGAUUUCCACGACUUCAUCGGCCUCGAAACCUUCCACCAGCACUUCAAAAGCUCCCGAAAAACCGAUCAGUACCCCUUCGGUGACUCCAAAUCUUCAGAAUACCCGCAAACGGAAGGUUUUCAACUUUAAUUUAUUCGAUUUAUCGUAAAUUUUGAAGGCUUUGUUGGAAAUCGGCGACGCUACCCCGAAUGUUAAGAAGAUUGCCGGGCCGAAUGGCACUGGUUUGUGGCGAAAAUUAGAAAAUUUUUAUCGAUUUUGACUUUUCCAGUGAAAACGCCGGCCGUGGUUGACAAAAGUGACGAUUCGAAACUGCCGCCCACUUCUGAAACGGUAAGUUUUUUGAAAAAAAGAAAAAAAAUUGGAAGUUUCAAACUUUGUAUUAAAAACCCGUGAUUUUUGCGAAAAUUCAAAGAAAACGCAUUUUUUUCCGCUAGUGGUAAUUUAAUUUUACGAAAAUGCUUUUUUAAUGGAAUUUGGGCGAUUCGAGUAAUUUCUUCAAUUUACAGUUUCAAACGGGCAAAGAAAUGAAAGUGUAAGUAAUUAGGAAAUUCCGCACAAGUUACUGAAGUUAUUUUAAAGCGAGUGUGAAAUUAUGUAAUUUUCGAAAAAAAUCUUCCAUUCUGGAAUUUAUUUCUGUUCAGAGGGGAAUACGUUCUGAAAGAAGCUCCAAUUUCCAGAAUGAAAAAAUUCAAAAUACUAUUUUUUAUUAUUUUUUUUCUUGAUGAUUUUUAAACCUCAUUUUUCGGGUUUUUCAGAAUAUCUUGAAAAAAUCCCAUACCUUUUAUUAUUGACGAUUUUCAGAAGUUUUUCUCUGAAAAUUGAUAUUUUUCCGCGUUUUUUUCUCGUUUAGCUUGUUAUAAUUUUAAAAGGAUUCGGAGAUAAUUUUUUAUGAAAAUUCAAAUUUCAACCUUUUUUGAAUCGUCAAUUUUCUCACUAAUUCUUAAAUCAAUUUUCAGUUUUCUAUCAUUUUUCCACAAGUAGAAUCGAUUGAUUUUCCUUCAAAAAAACCCAUUUUCAGCCCAAAACUUCAACGAAGAAUGAUAAGAAGGAAGAUUCAAAAGACGAAGAAGAAGAGGAAGAAGUUGAAUUCGACGAAGAAGAGGCCCCCUGCACGCCUGUCGACAAUGACUCCGCUGCAGUGAAGUCGGAAGAAAAAAAGAAUGAAACGACGAAGGAGAAGGCUCCUCAGAAGAAUCCAGGUACUUGGAAGGCUUUUGGAAAGAUUUUUCAAAGGAAAGGUUCAGAUCGAAUUCAAGAAGCUCAGCCCACGCGACAUCCAUCCGGCCACAAGACCAGCUUCUUUGUUCGUUAUUCAUUUGUUCAUUUCAGUCCAUUUUUUAAUUUACUAGGGGAAAAUUGAAGGGAAUAUAGAGAACUGGUUGCUAAUAAUUCAGUUAGGAAAUCAAAAAAUAUGCCUGACUUGGAAAAGAAAGAUUAGAAAAAUAGGAAAAAUCUUCCCAUUAUUUGGUAACGAUGUUGCCAUCUUGAGCAGUUUUCUCACUUUGAAAAAGCAACUUUUAAGCAAUUUUAUCUGAUUUUUCCUUAAAAUAUUCCGAAUUUUAAGGGCAGGGCUCUCGAAUUCAUACAGAACCGCCCUUUAUUAAGUUAGUUGUCUGGAGAAGCAACUUAAGGAAUCCCUCGAUAUGUUACAUAAAAAAUUACUUGAAGAAAUGUCACGCGAGGCUUUUUCGAGUUUCAAUGAGUCCUUCGAGUAUUUUUCGGCAUAUUUCUGAAAUAUUUUGAUUUUCAAGGCUUAAAAAAUGCGCAGAAAUCUUGCACGAACACUAGAAAUCGUUAUUUUCCUUGAGCCUUGUGUGAAUUUUGAUUUUAAAAAUUUUGUCCUUUUUUUUUAAGAAUUUUGGAUGGAAAAGCAGAACGGGAGCAUUCUUUUUACAGUUUAUGCAACAAUUUUUCCUCGCUAAAACCUCGAAAAUCCUUUAAUAAUUUUCUCCUGUUAUCCUGUGAAAAAUCUCGGAAACCCCGUGAAGGUUGCCUUCCAGGGUCGAUACGACCGUGAAAGGACGCCUCCAUCGGUGGGACCUCCAAGAAGACCGCUCCUGAUGCAUCCGGCCGACGAAUGGUCCUUGCCUCCCGCGGCCCAACCUGUUGGACCUUUCCCGCCGAGACAGCCGCUGUUGAGACCUCCGUCCCCCGAGUUCUUCAGGAACCCGCCAAGGCCUCGAUCGAACAACCCCCUUGGUAAGAAACAUCGAAAAAAUUUCCUCUAAUCGUAGUUUUGAAAAGAAAUGAUGAAGGGAGAGUAAGGUUCACAGAAAAAACAUUUUGAGAUUGAUAUAAAACUAACCUAGAAAAAAUUCGUAAAGACUUAGAUACGCAGAUUUUAACCAAACGUAACCCGGUUACGGUAUAUGGGAAUGGUUCAAAAAGUCGUUUUUGCACAUCUUACGUCAUAUGAGAAAAAAAGUUGAAGCGUUUUUCAUCGAGAUUUUUGUUAUUUUGCCCAUUUUAUCGAUUCCAAGGAAAAAAAGAGAACACUACUAGUUGCUAUGAAUCGUCUCGAAUAAGAUAGAAAAAAGAAAUUCCAGAAAAAUAUCAUUCGAUAAAAAAAUAUAGAUUUCAAAAUGAACUUUGUUCCGCAGAACCUCCGCCCUUCGCCCGCCACAUCCGACCGGCUUCCCCUCACCGCGGGAUCCACGGCCACAUGGAGCCCAUGAUCCGAGAUCCUCCCCCAGUCGGCGGCUUCUUCAACCGCGACCCAGCGCCUCCUCCGCGAGUGACUUCUUGGCGCGGAGCCGAGGGCGACAUGUUCGCUCCACCGCGAAGGGAGCCUCUCAUCGGUCCGCCGCCUAUGUUGCGACGGGAUGAAGGGUAAGUAAGGCCUUUUUUUUGCGAAAAUUACCGUAUCCUAAAUUUUACCAACUUCCCUUCAAGACCUGGUCUUACUCCAGCCACAAAAAUCGGAAUUUAAAAAGGUGAAACAUGAUUUUUUGGCAACAGUUGGUCGUUUUCAAAUACAUCUUUGAGGUUACCGUAAUCACAGUCUUUUCUUCCGCUUUCUCUUCGAGACCCCUCAAAAACCGAAAGCAUGGCACGGGUCGCAAAGCGAAGUUCAUUCCUGAAAAAUUUAAUGCCCUCUAAAAGGCUUUUUGAUAUCAAAUUUUUUCUCUUCAGACCUGGCCGAUUCGAGGAAAAACCGUGGAACGAUCGACCAAAGUCUCCGGGACGAAGGUUCGCCGAUGACUGGACUCCGAGAGAAGGUAGACAUUGAACUGAAGAAUUUUUAAGCUUAUAUUUGUGAGCUUAGUAUAGAACGUUUGACAGAAGUUUUCUUUAUAGACUGUGAUAACUUUCUACACAGAUCGAGUAAAAAAAGACUUUUGUAAAAGGGUCUGACAGAUUUUUCCUAUUAAAAAUGAUUUAUUGGGAAAAUCUUUUUAUUUUUUGAGCAAAGAGAAAAUUUCGAUGUACAAUAAGAAAACAAAUCAGCUUCUACCGAGUUCUCAGUGAAUCCAGAGUGGUCCCUAUAGGGGUUCGGAGCCGAAAAAGUGGUCCCUAUAGGGGUUUAGGACCUAACUCUAUAGCCCUUAAAACUUAAGUGGUCCCUAAAGGGAUCGUUCAAUUUUAUUCAAAAAAGGUUUUUAUGUAGUUUUUGGCAUGACUUUUUCGUAUAGAGCUCAUAAAAAUCAUCGACUAUCCUUUCCCUUAAAGGUGUGACUAACUAAAGCCUGUAUAAAGACCCCGUUUUCAAGCUUCAGUGGUCCCUAUAGAAGUUGGUAAAGCUGUCCCUAGAGGGACCUUUUAAGAGCCCUAAGCUUGCCCCCAAAGGGGCCACUCGGGAGAUCCUAAGUAGUCAAUAAAGGGCAAAAUUAUCGUUUUUUUCAUUUCAUCGCAUAUUGUUCAAGGUUCUAAAACUUGAGAUUUCAGUACCUUAUUUUCCAUCUUGAUAGGAAAGUUUACAUGAAGUAUAAGCUGUUAUAAAUCACUAAAAUUCAAUUUCCUAUUUUCCUCUUCAAGGCGAUGCAUGGGGCAGUUCGUCGCCGCCCCGACAAGGCCCCUUGGACUCGGCUUGGCGAAAUCGCGAGCCGAUGCCGCCGCCGAUGCGACAGGAGCCGCGACCGCCGCCCAUGAUGAGAGCCCCGCCGGCGAUGCAAGCGACAUCGCUCGGAGCCCGACGUUGGGACGAAAUCUGGGGCAAUCCGAGACCGGGACCCUCUCAGCCACCGCCUGUCAGACGUUCCACCUUUUGGGACUCUUUUUGA